UAUGCUCCUUUUCCAGAGGAUCAUCUCUCUUCAAGCCACGUGGGCUAUAAUGGCGUCGAGUAGGAGACGGUGAGGAUAAGUGAAGGACUUGCCGCGUCCCGGUCUGUAAGCCGCCUCUGUGUAGACAUUAUGGAAACUCUAGACAAUUUGCCUCAUUGUAAAUUUCUACCAUGGAAAAGUCCUGAUGGACGAUUCACCAAGACCAUUCUAGAACCAGGAACCGGAGUUGAUAAGCCAAAGGAAAGUUCAUUUUGUCAAAUAUUUUUGGACCCUCUUCCUUCCUCAACUGAAUCCUGUUCAAAAAAUACUUUUAGCUACCCCACAGGAUGCUGGUUUCAGGUUGAACUUGGAGAGGGAGAGACGCUCCAGGACCUCUUGGUGGACCAAUGUCUUGAAACUAUGCUUUGUGGAGAGGUUUGCCAGGUGGACACUAAACUGGGUUCUAGGUUUCUCUUGAAAUUGUCGAAUUUUGAGAAUGGAAAAGAGACAUGGGAAAUGAAUACAGAAGAAAAACUUCACAGGGUCACCAGAGACCGUGAAAAGGGUGGGAAGGCCUUCCGAGAAGGAAACAUUGAAGGGGCAGAAAUACGAUACUCUAGAGCCCUCAGGCUUCUUGUUUGUACUCCUGGAGAGGCUGAAGCAGAUUGGGUGCCCCUACUCGCCAACAUGGCAGCUUGCGACUUAAAGAAGGGGCGUCUGAGAGAGGCAGAGAAGAGAUGCACUCGAGCUUUGGAGAAGGAGCCCUGCCACCUUAAGGCUCUGUAUAGGAGAGGGAUGGCAAGAGCUGGAAUGGCAGACUGGAAAGGAGCAAGGACAGACUUUGGGGAGGUACUUAGGUUAGACCCAGGGAAUGUAGGGGCACGAAGAGAAGCCACAAGGGUGAAAGAGAAAGAAAAAGAAGAGGAGGCACGAAUAGGCAAAGCUUUAGGCAAGAUGUUCUUGUAAUCAUGUCAAUUACACUGUACCAACCAAUUUUAUGGUAAUCAAUGAUUAUUUUAUAGUGUGCCACAGUCUUGCCCACUUGCCUGCAAUGUAAUUAUUUGUAUGCAUACAUCAAUAAACAGCAUUAUUUCUCUCUCA